CAUAAUAUAGCUCGCUCGCCUUCUCUCUCCCUCAAUCUCUUUCAAUCGCCUUCACUUUCUGCGCAAAGAAAAGCGUCCAUCUUCUCCAUUUAUUGUUCUUCUCUUCCUUUUCUUUCUCCAUGUCUUAUUAAUGCCUCUCAUCUCCUCCUUUAUUUCUUCGACAAACCCUCUUUCUCUGGGUUCUUCGAAGAGCCCUCAUUAAUUGCUUAAAACUUUUUUAAUUCAUUUCUCCCCUUUUCUUUUUCAUUGGCCUCUUCAGCCAUGCCUUUGCCUUGGAAGAGAUCGAAAUCGGGUCGGAUCUCCAAAUUAGUAUCGGACCUCCAACAAUCUCCCAAACACGGCGGGUCUCUCGUCGUUGAAACUGGCUUCCCAACUUCCAUUAUCCACCUCUUCUUCAAGAACCGCGAUCGUCUCAAAAAAUCUUCUUCUAAACGCAACAAUAACAACAAGGCCCUGACGACACAAACCGCUCCGAGUCUUCCUCUUCCGACACGACAACAACGUGUUCCGUCUCUGCCUCCUCCUCAUCCCCUUCCUCCUCAGAAACACGAUCCAGCGUCGGUUACGGAGGAUCACCUCCUCCCGGAGAGUAAGAUCGAGGAUAGUUUCGUCCGUGGCGACGGUGGCUUAACAUCCGACGACGGAAACGGCGGUGAUCGCGACGGAGGAGGAGGAGGAGGAUGUUGUGUAUUGAUGGUGGUCGCGAUUAAGGUCUUCGUGGUGGCUGUUCUCGCCUUGAGCACGAAAAAACUCGCCGUGGGGAUCACUAUCUCCGCCUUCGCGCUUCUCUUCCUCGAGCUCGCCGUGCCGCGUGUCCUCACGCUCCUCAAUCUCUGCCCCGACGCGCAAGCUCGGCUCGAUUCAUUGAUCAGAAAGCUCAUAGGAAAGAAUCUAGAAUCAUCAUCACCACCACCAUUAACAAGAAACAAUGUCUCCUUCGAAAUCGUCGAAAACUUCCAAGAACCGAGAGAUUGCAUCGAGGAGUUUGAACCACCACCGGAGAAGCAACAACCUGUGGCGGAGGAGGAGGAGGAGGAGAGAGAGGUGCUGACGAUAAGAGACGUGACGUUCACGAAGGAGAAGAGCAAAAGCGCGAAGCUGAAAUCGAAGAUCGUGAAGAAGAUCGUGCCGAAGAAGCUGAGGAGUUACAAGAAGAAGAAGAAGCUGAAGAAGAUGAAAGAGAGAGAAGAAGCGGAGGGAGGUGUGGAGAUUGAGAUAUUCCAAGAAGAAGAAGGAGAAGGAGAAGAGUCGUCUACGUCUAUGACGGAAGCAUCCAGCUUGUAUUCCGAAGAUGUAACGGAGAGCGAGAUCUCCGAGAGGUACGAGAAUGGUUCGAAUCCGCCAUUGUUGGAGAGCUGUGAAGAGAUGGAAGAAGAAGAAAGACCAAAAGGGGAUCUAACGAAAGCGAUGGUGAUGAUGGUGAUUGCGCUUGCUGGGUUGUUGUUAGGCGGGAAAGUCUUAGCUAUUGUUCUGACAGUCUCUUCCUGUCUGUUUCUGAGAUUGGUCUGCUCCAAAUCUCAAAACUAGUCUCUGACAAUUCUCUAUCUCUGAACUCUGACAACUUGCUUUUGGUAAGUUUUUUGCUUUUUUUGUUUGUGUUCCGUGGCAGUGGUGGGACCUACGGAUCGCCGUUUAGUUACUGACGGUGUUGACGGGAGUGUUUGUUGGGUUGGGUGGUUGGCAGUUCGAAGCUACAAUUGUUUUGCUUAUGAAACUGUAAAUUUUCUUUAAAAAAUGUUAUUAACAGGAAUAUGUUAUUAUUAUAUGAUGGUCAAGGAGUCAAAGUUGUUGUUUACUGUCAAGGAAAAAAAAACGUAAUUCGUAUUUUCAAGAGAAA